CCCUUUUACGAGUAAGCGACCCUUGUUACUACGACGAUACGGCAGUAAAUCUGAGUGGGAAUGGGUAGAUCUUCUGCUUCAAGAGACGCACGCAAACUCCUGUCCUUUGCUGAGUGGCGCUGUCUCCUCCCCUGCAUUACAAUGAGUCUCUCCGCCCAAGAUACGUCCGUCUUGAAGUACAAGUAUCGCCUGCCGCUCCUGGUUAUGACGAUGGCGUGCGGCUCUGGAUACCUUUAUACGGUGUUGGACGUCCCAACGCUCGAGUUCCACGAGCUCAAACAUACUGCGUUCCCUUCGUCAUCCUUCCAAACCCGUCGGGGGUUCAUGAGUGUACUUCGAUGGCUCGAGAGCUUAAACUCGCGUGGAGAUUUGCUCGUGCUAGAGCAGCUUCUGACUCAAGCGCAGCCCCAGUCUCCCUCGGCACUGCAAGGAGAGUCCAAAUUUGCUACUCAGGUUGCAUCCGCUGCUUCCACAGAGGUGCCGAUGCAUCUUUGUAAGCUCGGACUGCAGUGUGGUCUGGUGUUCUUCCUGCUCCGACGACGAGUGCUCUCCAAGAACCAAACCAUCUCCACAUUGUGCCUUUGCAUCCUCAGCUGGUUCUGCUGGAAAAUGGCCCAUACGUGUCUGCACGAAGUGCUAUCGCCCCACCGUAGUUUAACAGGCACAGUACCCUCAGCGUCGCGUACAAGAUCCGCUCUCCAUGGCGAAAUGACAGCAUCAUUCCUGAACGCGCUGUUUAUCGCGCGAUAUGCUUCCCUCUGUAUCACCAAUUUAAUCUUUAGUCGAGCAUAUCAAGUUUACUUCUGUGAAUCCUGGCCGACUCAGUGGAAACGAGUACCAGCGUACUUAGGCUCCAAGAAUCUCGUCCUCACAACGCUCUUCUUCGCUACGGCCGGUGUCAGCGCCAUGUGCGUGUCUUCGCCGGCUUUGCGCUCACUCUGUGAGGCUGCAACACACAUCGAAGCACUCUCGUUACUGCUUGCUUUCGGCCACUUCGUGUUCCUGCAUUUUCAUACCCAAACAUGAAGGGCGAAGGGAAGAAGUAAACGAUAAACUUAGUCAGAACUCAUCUUCAUUGCUUGGCUUGGAUCGCUGACAAACUCGACAGUCGAGCUACAACAUUCACAUGAAGGUGAGAUUACGUCUGGAUGAACGCUAAUUCGCCCUGGAGCGUCUCGUGGCGAUAGUCUACACGGAUAUCCGGCACGUUGGUCAUGCGAAUAUCUGCAAAAAAAAAAAAAAAAA